AUGACUGAAGAUCAUUGUGAAAUGAAGAAUUCAAUCGAUCGUGAUCGAGAUCGUUACCCACAUUGUAUUGUCUGGACACCGAUUCCAAUUUUAACAUGGAUUUUUCCUUUCAUCGGUCAUAUGGGCAUUGCACGAACCGAUGGAAUUAUUCGAGAUUUUGCAGGGCCUUAUUAUGUUUCGGAAGAUGAAAUGGCGUUUGGUCGUCCCACACGAUAUUUACAAUUGGAUUUGAGUCGAAUCCCGAGCAGUUCAAAUUCGAAUAAUGUUCAAACGAUUUGGGAUCGAUCAGUUGAACAAGCAUCAGAUGAAUAUAAAAAACGCUGGCAUAAUUUAUUCUGUGAUAAUUGUCAUUCUCAUGUCGCUAUGGCAUUGAAUAUGAUGAAUUACGAUGCCAAAUCAUCUUACAAUAUGAUAAAACUGUGUUUUUGGAUGUUUUUUCGCGGAAAAUUCGUCAGUUUCUUCGGUUUUCUACUCACAUGGGUUCCAUUCUUUAUCCUUCUAACGAUUCUCCUUGUUUUUCAAUUAAUUAUUCAUAUCAAUUUCACUAUUAAUCCAGAUAAUGGUUAUCCCGUUCGACAAGAGAAUGGACAAAGAAAAAGUGGACCACCGCCAGAUUGGCCAACGACUCGUCAUCCACCUGGUCGAGGUUGUGAAGUAUUUGUGGGUAAAUUGCCGCGUGAUUGUUUCGAAUCGGAAUUAUUUCCGUUGUUUGAACGUUGUGGACAAAUUUAUGAGAUGCGUUUAAUGAUGGAUUUUUCGGGUUUUAACCGUGGUUAUGCAUUUAUAACAUAUACAAAUCGUGAUGAUGCGAAACGAUCAGUCAAAGAGUUGAACAAUUACGAGAUUCGCACGAGUCGUUUGAUUGGUGUUUGUCAAUCAGUUGACAACUGUCGAUUAUUUGUUGGUGGAAUUCCGAAAAUGAAAAAACGUGAAGAAAUUCUCGAUGAAAUGUGUAAAAUUACCGAAGGUGUUGUUGAUGUCAUUGUUUAUCCAAGUGCACAUGAUAAAACAAAGAAUCGCGGCUUUGCUUUCGUUGAAUACGAAAGUCAUCGAUCAGCGGCGAUGGCGAGACGAAAAUUAUUACCGGGAAAGAUUCAACUUUGGGGCCAUCAGAUCGCGGUCGACUGGGCAGAACCAGAAACGGAAGUCGAUGAAGAUAUUAUGGCUACGGUUCGAGUACUCUAUGUGAGAAAUUUAAUGAUGAGUACGACGGAAGAACAAAUUCAAGAAAUUUUUGAACGAUUCAAACCGAAUUCGAUCGAACGAGUGAAGAAGCUGAAAGAUUAUGCAUUUGUGCACUUUAAAGAACGAGAUGAUGCGUUGCACGCAAUGAAUCUGAUGAAUAAUCGAGAAAUCGAUGGAUCGAUUAUCGAAGUCACUUUAGCGAAACCAGUGGAUAAAAAUCAAUAUUUUCGAUUUACACGUGCUGUUAGUCCAUCAGCAAUCACUACAACACCUUUAUCUUUUACUUUACCGAAUGGUACACUUACUCCAACAACACCAACAUUUGAUUUAUCUACUAUUCCAUACUUAACCAUUCCAACAAAUUCAAUAGUUACCAAUGGAACCACAAUCAUUCCACCAUCUCCUGCAAACAAGAAUAUUCGUCGAACUGGUGAUCCAAGUCCACCAUUAUUAACUCGUCCAAGUCCGACAAAUGUUCUGUCAUGCGCAUCACAUCCAUCAACAAAUCUUGUUCAUCAUCGUGGUGCUUAUUAUACAAUUCUUCGGCCGACAUCACGUCGAACUGAAGAGAAAUGUCUCGAAGAUCUUUAUAAAGAGACAUAUAAUGUUUUAUACGGCUCUGCUAGUCCAUCGCUAAUGAUGAUCGGUACCAAUCAGUCUCAGUUGAUUGCACCAGAACAGCAGAUUCUUCAUCCGAAUGCGAAUCAGCCCGAAGAGACUCCAUUUCCAUCCAAUCCAACAUUUGGUUUUCAUCCAGCUGGUCCAAUAUUUCAUCCAGCAACAAUUUAUCCCCAUCCAUUACAUCCUACUCAUCCUCUAGGUAAUCCAUCAUUUGCUCAACAACCAAUUUUCCUAACAACAUCUGGUCAAGCUCAACAAUAUUUUCCUGGUCAUCCUCCAGCUAAUAUUUCUUUUCCAUUUCUUUUCACUACACCCACAAUUGAUUCACCCGUGUUGACUUAUGCAACUCCAACAUCUACAACUAACACGGUUACAACUACGGGUGGUACUACUUAUUCAGCUUGA